AUGUCGGCCACGGUGGGAGCCCCACAGCAGUAUAAACAGCCCUCUCGAAAAGGCAAGAAAGCGUGGAGGAAAAAUGUUGAUGUAACUGAAGUGCAAGAGGGGCUUGAGCUGGUUCGGGACGAAGAAAUCAAAGGAGGUGUACUGGCGGAGAAGCCAUCGGAGGAACUCUUUAUACUUGACCCUACCGGCGAUGAAGAAGUUCAGCAGAAGGUCCAAAAGAAAUACAAAUCUUUACGUGCCGAUGAGAUUAUUGCACAGCGCUCAGCUAUAGGCGCAGUUGACAGCCGUAAACGGCCGUCCAAUUCCCGGGUUACAGAUGGAAUUAUAGAGCCCAAGACAAAAAGAAGUCGAAGCGACUGGGUAACUAGAGAAGAAUGGCUACGGUUGAAAAAGGUGGCACGGGAAGCCAAACUUGAUGAAACAGCGAUCCAGCCUAGUGUUGCGCAUGACCCAUGGGCAAUGGAUGCUAAACAAGAGGAGGAAUUUUCCUUCUUGGAGAAAAAGAAGUCGAUAGUUGCCCCGAAAACUUUGUCCCAUGCCCCUAUUUCUCUAGCCGCUAAUGGCAAAGCGAUACCGUCAGUUAUAAAGCCAAGGGCAGGAACAAGUUACAACCCAUCUUUCCAGGAGUGGGAUGAGCUCCUAACAAAGGAAGGAGAGAAGGAAGUCGAAGCCGAGAAAUUACGACUAGAAGAACAGAAGCGGGAAGCGGACCGCAUCGCACGUAUCGAAGCCGCCGAAGGCGAUGAUGGGCAGAUAAAAUCUGACGAUGAAAGUGCAUGGGAAGGGUUUGAAAGCGAAUACGAAAUCGAGUCAAUAAAGAAAAAACGGCCCGAGAGGAAAACGAAGGCGCAGAGAAAUAAAAUUCUAAGGAGGAAGGAGGCGGAGAGAAAAGCAAAAGCAGAAGCCAAAAUGAAGAAACGGGGGCAGCAAGCUGCGCAAGCUAAAGCUAUCUCUAAGCAGAUUGAAGAGAAGGAGAAGGCGAAAUUGGCCGUGGCUACGGCUGAGGAGUUGUCUGAAGAUGAGGAACCCACACUCCGCAAGCGACCAUUCGGUGGCAGAAAUCCCAUACCGGCCAAGCCACUGGAGUUGGUCCUUCCAGAAGAACUUAAAGAUUCUCUCCUACUCCUCAAGCCAGAAGGGAAUUUACUAACUGACCGAUAUAGAACGUUGAUGGUGCAGGGUAAGUUAGAGGCCCGGAAUCCAAUCACACAAGCUAAAAAGGCAAAGAGAAAAGCGACGGAAAAGUGGACGUACAAGGACUUCAAAGUCCCAUCGGUUUAA